AUGGCUCUACGGUCCACAAUCUCUCUACUUGCUUUCUGUAGCGCUUCCUUAGCUGCAACGCCAUCGCAUGACUCAGUUCGCACUCUCUAUGAGUUCCCCAAGCCAUCGUACAUUGAGAAUCUAGCAGUCCGAAGCAAUGGCCAAAUUCUCAUUACAGGCCUAAGCACACCACAACUCUUCCUCUUCGAUCCCUCAGCGACUGGUCCGAGCAAACCUCUCAUUGUUCACGAGUUUGACCAAUCUCUUGGCUUGGCGGGCAUUGCAGAGUACCAACCAGAUGUAUUUGCUGUUAUCUCUGGCAAUACUUCAUUCACAACCACUGUUCAAGUCGCUGGUACUUGGAAUGUUUGGAGCGUUGACUUGCGCGGUGUCGAAAUUUCAACCAAAAAUGGCCAAGCACAACUCUCGUCGCCGCCUGUGGUGAAGAAAAUUGCACAUGUCAAACCGGCUCAGUUUCUCAACGGCUUAACAGUGCUGUCCGAGUCCGACCAAACACUCCUCAUGAGCGAUGUUAACGGUGGCGUCAUCUGGAGGUUAGAUAUUGAGACCGGUAAUUAUGAGGUCGUUAUUAACAAUACGUUGACGGCGCUUUACCCAUCGCCUCCAUUUUCAGCUUCUGGUGUAGAUGGUGUUCAUGUACGGGGUAGUUCGGCCUACUUUACAAAUUUUGGAAGCGGCACUUUCAAUAAGGUACCUAUCAACAGGGACGGAACGCCGGCAGGGCCUGUCACAACACUGGGGCAUAGUAAGGGACCACUGCACCAGUUCGACGAUUUUACUUUUGACUGCGACGGCAACGCAUUUGUGGUUACAGGAGGUGCAAACACCAUUGAGAUGAUUUCAGCCGAUGGUAAAAGUCAUGUUGCCAUUGCUGGGAACCUCAAUUCCACUGCCAUUGCAGAGCCAACAUCCUGUGCUUUUGGACGAGGGCCGCAUGAUAAGAGUAUUCUUUAUGUGGUCACUGCGGGUGGGAUGGAAACACCAGUGAAUGGAAAUAUAGUCAUUGGUGGGCAGCUCGUUGCGGUCAAAACGACUUCCAAAGGUUCUGCCUGCUGA